GUAGUGUAUUCAUCAAAAUACGACUCUAAACACCGCAUUUUUGUCAUCUAGGCUAUUUUAAUCAAUUUCAAGUAACCAGUUCAGAAUCUAGAAAAAUGACGGAAGAACUACAGAAAAAACUUCAAUCUGAGAUUGAAGAAUACAAACAGGUUCAAAAAGAAUAUCAAAAAUUAUGCUCCAGAAGACAACAAUUGGACAGUCAGCUAAGUGAAAAUACUAUUGUGGAUGAAGAAUUAAAGCUUAUGAAGCCAGGAAAUGAAAUUUACAAGCUUGUUGGACCAAUACUAAUCAAACAAGAUCCUAUUGAAGCUAAAGAGAAUGUCAAAAAGCGGUUGGAAUUCAUCAACUCUGAUAUCAAACGAACGGAAGAAGCAAUUUCAUCUAUUGAAAAGAAACAAGAAGUUCACAGAAAUAAACUAGAAGCACUGCAAGUGCAGUUUCAAAAAGCUCAAAUGAUGAUGGCCCAAAAGGCUAAAUGAACUCCCUAAGUAUUUGUAUAUAAACAAGCUUUAAUUAUUAUCUGGGAGCUAAUACUUGCUGAUCAUUUAUAAUGUCAAUUAUAUACAACUGAACAUAAUUAUGAAUGAGAAUAUUUUGUAAUAUAUUCAUUAAAUAAAGUAUAUAAUACUGUUUCAAGUA